UGCAGCAAGUUCCUGGUGGUAAAUAUCAGCAUUAGGUCACAUUGAGACGGACGGAGACUUGGAAUAAUGUUGAUCGGCAGAGUGCUGGGUCCUCGCUAUCAGCAACUGGCGAAGAAUUGGGCCCCCACUCUGUUUACAUGGGGCUCAGUUGCGGGAGUGGGGCUGAUUUGGGCUACAGACUGGAGGCUCUUUCUGGAUUAUGUUCCAUACGUAAAUGGCAAAUUUAAGGAGGAUAAAUGACCUAUGGCAAUCUAUUUAUUACUGGUUGACUGGUAUUGGUGUAAGGAAGUGAACAAGCAUUCACGUGAAAGUAGUUCACUAUGACAACUGUGUGCCCCUCUGAUUUAUUUUUUCAGUGAAAAUAUUAAUUAUAUGGGAACCUUUUUUGUUUGCACAUUUCCAAAUAAAACAGUUUAUCUCUA